AUGAAGAAGACGCGCAUGUCGAUCGACGACAUUCACGCAAUGGUGGGCAGCAUCCGUGCGCAUGUGGCCAACAUGCGCGUGACCAACAUCUACGACGUGCCCGACCAGAGCGACAAGAGCGCCGCCAAGACGUACAUUCUCAAGCUGCAGCAGCCCCCAUUUCCCAAGGUGUUCCUGCUGCUCGAAUCGGGCGUGCGGUUCCACACGAGUCAGUACGCACGUGACGCCAAGUCCGCGAGUGCUUUGCCCAGUCAGUUCACGAUGAAGCUGCGGAAACAUUUACGAGGCAAGAGGCUAUCGGCGCUGACGCAGCUCGAAGGAGAUCGCGUCGUGGACUUGACGUUUGGCCAGGACGCGCUCACGUGUCACUUGAUUCUCGAGCUCUACGCUUCGGGCAACAUCAUUCUGACGGAUGACAAGUAUCGGAUCCUGUCGCUGCUGCGCACGCAUCGCUUUGACGAGAACGUCAAGAUGGCCGUGAAGCAGGUGUACCCGGUGCAGCUCUUGGGCGACCAGGAGAAGCGUCGCGAGAAGACGACGACUGCUGAGCUCAUCGAGUUUGUAAACACUUGGAGUAGAGAGCAGGAGGACAGAGAGACCGCGACGCUGCUCGCUCCUGGCAAGACGCCGAGGAAAAAAAAGAAAAAAACGCAGACGAUCAAGCAGUUGCUGUUGCACAAAGCUUCCACGUUUGGCGGACUGGGUCCUGCCAUCAUUGAGCACUGUCUAGUGCGUGCGGACAUCCCACCCACGCUCAAGAUCAUGAAUGCCAAUGAUGUUAUGGCACUAGGCGACGAGAAGCUGACUACCUUGUUAGCAGAGAUCCAUGAGGGUUGGAAGCUGCUAGCAAGGCUUCAGAAUGAACAGGCUUCGUGUGUUGGCCCGGUUUCGACUGAGACGGACGCGACAGCUGCUAGCGGUGAUAACAACGACGGAAGCAGCACUUCCACAGCUGCGAAAGACCCUUCUGCUAUUGCAAAAAAGCGCGGCUUCAUCAUCCUAAAAGGCUCUACGAAAGGCGCUGUGCAAACGCAAUUUGACGAGUUCACGCCAUUCCUGUAUGCUCAACAUCUGCAAAAAGAGGUCAAAAGCUUCGACACGUUUGACGAGGCUGUCGAUGAGUACUUUUCGCGCUUCGAGACGGAGACGGCUGAGGUGGCAAAGCAAAGCGUUCAGCUCGCAGCGGAGAACAAGCUUGCUAGGCUGAGAAAGAACCAGGAACAACAGCUUGCUCAAUUGCGCGAGGCUCAAGAGCAAAGUUUUCGACAAGCCCAGCUGAUCGAAUCCAAUCAGCAAGACGUAGAGAAUGUGCUUUCGGUCAUUCGCAGCGCGUUAGCCAGUGGUAUGGAUUGGCGUGGUCUAGAAGAGCUUGUCAAGUACGAGCAAAAGAAUGGCAACCCUGUGGCAAGUCUCAUUCACAAACUAGAUCUCGAGCAUAACCGCGUAGCACUUUUGCUUUGCGAUGAUGACGAGAGUGACGAAGGCGAAUACGGAGGUGAUGGUACGGGUGAGGAAGACAGACAGGCUCACAUCAUCUGGAUCGAUUUGUCACUAUCGGCGCUCGCCAAUGCACGAGAAGUCUAUACGAAGAAGAAGAAAGCUGGAGCGAAGGCGAUCAAGGCUUCGGAGGCAACUGACAAAGCAAUUGCACUGGCUGAGAAGACCACUUUGAAAACCCUGGAAAAGCAGCAAACGAAGCGAAAUGUGAUCUACCAGCGGCGCAAAACGCUUUGGUUUGAGAAGUUUCAUUGGUUUCUUACCAGCGAAAAGAACUUGGUGGUUGCUGGAAAAGAUGCGCACCAGAACGAACAACUGGUCAAGCGGUAUCUGCGAAAGGGAGAUGUGUACGUCCACGCCGAUCUUCACGGCGCUGCUUCUUGUAUUGUGCGCAACCAUGCAAGCGCUAGGAACAUCGAGACCCAGGAACUUCCUCCUGUAUCUAUAACUGCGCUAGAACAGGCAGGAUGCAUGAGUGUAUGCCGCAGCAACGCCUGGAGUAGUCAGGUGAUUGCUGGAGCCUAUUGGGUCCAUGCCGACCAGGUGUCGAAGACCGCACCAGCAGGCGAGUUCCUCACGACUGGCAGUUUCAUGAUCCGGGGCAAGAAGAAUUACAUCCAGCCAUCUCGGCUCGAAAUGGGACUAGCAAUUCUCUUUCAUAUUGACGUGAGCAGCGUCAGCCAGCAUGCGCGCCAGUAUGAAGAACGAGAUCUUCAGGUGAUGGACGACUUAGACGAAAAAGAUGGGAGUGACACACCAAACGUUCUGCCGGAAGAACAGGAAGGAUUGCACCAGCAAGACGUGGCUGUCGAGGAGAAAAGUGAGGAAGCGACAGACGACAGUUGUUCGGAGCCGCGUAAGUCUCAUGUUCCUGCGGAUGUCGCUCAAGGUAAUGAGAUUGACAACAGGGAAGACAAGUCAGACCCGUCUAAACAGGAGUCUCAGCGUGACGGGCGAAAACGAUUGUCGACAAGAGAGCGCCGUGACCUGAAGAAAGGUGUCCCAACAGCUUACGAGGAUGGGGCUGGUGACAAUAGUCAGCCGUCUUAUCAGGCAAAACAGGCCCAAAGGAAGGAUACGCGCAAGUCGCUCGACAAGGGCAACAUCCAGGUAUCUCGGCUGGAUAAGAGCGUUCGUGGCAAGAAGGGCAAGAUGAAGAAAAUGAAGAAGAAGUACGCUGACCAGGACGAUGACGAUCGCCGGCUGCGCAUGGAGGCGCUGGGUCACGUGAUGGAGGAGACAGACAAUGGGGACAGCCAGCGUGACCAGAACAGUGAGUGCGUCGGACAAGCGAGAGAUGGAGGUGGCGAUGACGAGGACGAUGGUAGUCCUGUGACCAGUGCUACCACCGAGACCAAGGACGAGUACAUUCGUCAGCAGCGCGAGAAAAAAGAAAAGUUUCUUGACGAGCAAGAGGGUGAGGUGGAAAGCAUUGGAUUCUUUGAUGCGUUCACGGGCGAGCCUCUACCGAACGACAUUGUGCUGUUUGCCAUGCCCAUGUGCGCUCCGUACGCCUCGCUGAGUAAGUUCAAGUACAAGGUAAAGCUCACGCCUGGAAGCCAGAAGAAGGGCAAGGCAGCCAAGCAAGCGAUGGAUCAUUUCUUUGCGUUGAAUCUGAAGGAAGAGAAGGACAUGCAAAAGUCGCAGAUGCACAUGGAAGCCGACGAUGUUCAGCCGGAUGUGAAUCCGCUUGCAGUGCAGCGCGAGCUGAUGCGGUGCAUUCCAGACAAUGAGCUAGUGACGUGUAUGGUCGGGCCCGUGAAGAUUUCGGCGCCAGGACUUCAUGGCGCUCACGCGAGUAAGCGGACAUCGAGCAAGUUCAAGAAGAGCCACAACAAGUAG